AUGCCUCCUAAAGGGCGAGGUGGUCGUGCUGCAGCUGCCGCCGCCGCCGCCGCAACUGGUGGCGGCAGGACGAGCUCUCGCCUCGCCUCGCGCCUGGGCACAGCGCAACAACAGGCUGAGCGCCAGCCCGCAGGGUCAGCUGCAGAUACUGGCCGCGCGCCUCUGCCGGAUUCCUCUGCGGCAGCAGCUGCUGCUGCUACUGCUGAUCUUCCUCCUUCAUCAUCGUCAACACGUGGUCGCGGUCGAAGCCGCUCAAGAGGCAAUGUUGAGGCCCAUGCGCGUAGGGGGACGACGCGUAAUAAUCGCGGUGGCAGCAGCAUCGCCAGCUACUCCAUUCGCCAUACCGCCCGUUCCAGUGAUGUCUACGCUCUAGAGGCAAACGGCGGUGCAUCUGAGCCUUUCACCCCUCAGCGUGCUGAAGCAGCUGAAAUUGUCUAUGGCGAGUCAAUAUGGCGUGAUGCUGCAGACCUCACCCCCAGAACCCAGGAUGCAACGGCAAAUCUUAUGAAUAAGUUUGUCGACAGGCUGUUCUCAGUCUCCAAAGACCUCAUUGGUCACCUGUCCAUCGCUGCUGAGCAGCAAGAUGAGUCGUGGGACUUGGAGCUCCGCACCCACAAGGAAGUUUUCAAUUCUUUCUACAGGGUCUACAACAUUGAUGCAGACAUCUUCAUCAACAUCGACUCUAUUCUGGAGAGAUCAAAGUGCUCUAAUAUACCCACCCUCUGGGAGAGGAUGGUCAAGUCGGUAUCAACAGCCAACCUGGCAAAACUGCUCAGCGACGUUCACGAUCUCAACGGCGACCGAUCCAAUGUUCUCAACCGUCUGCCCUUGCUCCAGAGAAUCGAUGAAGACUUCCCAGUCACGUUCACGCCUGGGGGUUCCAAGGGCUUAGAGGAGAAUCGGGCGUGGAUCAUCGAUCACGGCACCAUGGACCAGGCUUUUGCCAUCCGGACCAAGUUGUUUAUCGAGACCCUUCGCGGGCACCAGCAGGGCAAUCCCUUCCGUCUGUUCGCCAAGGUUUUCCUAGAUCUCGACGCCGACCCCAUCGAAGAUGAUGUACUCGGAGAUUACAUCGACAGAGCGAGCUACAGGGCCUUUGGGGCAUUCGACAUCGACGACCCGGAGCUCCCAAAAUACCGAGACAACAUCAAUACCUUUCGUGCCAUGCUCGUAGAGAUGGACCCCGCUGCUGUCAUCGGCAAACUAGAGGGACACUACCCAUUUGAGAUAUUCCUGGAUGAUCUGAACGAGUGGAUCCGGACGUACCAGAUCAAAACACCGGGCCCCCCUCGACCUCCUCCAUUUAAUCCCAACGCGGACACGCUUUCGACCCCAGGCACGGCGUCGCAACUCGGAGCGAGGCCUACUCUACCGCAAGGAAGUACCGGUCUAUAUGGCGUUGAUCGUCUCCGUCAGCAUGUCACGUCUAGCAACGCUGAACAGCCAGGAGAGGUACAUGCACGGAUGGAUUCUGGAGCACAUGUUAUCAACGAUUCCGACGACAGCGCCAGCAUCGCUGGCACGAACGCCGAAGUCAUUGCUCAGUCGCGUGAGCUCGCCGCCCAGGCUCGAUACUUCAUGCCCACCAGCCAAGAAUCGGUGUACCCUGAUGUAGCUGCUGAGGCCACUAAGCGCGGCAACGGCAAGAAGCGUAGCCGUAAGAGCGCAGACGAUAUUGAAGCCGAUGCCAGCGCAAAGAGGGCUCGUGCGAAUGAUGCGGCCGCGAUGCCCCCUCCUCCGCGCCCGGCGGCCCACGCCGUGCCCGUGAGCUCAUCGGCCCCAUCGCCUGCUGUUUUCGACCCCGUGGCUCUGUCGCGGCAGUCUCAGUUGAUCUCCAAGGCCAACCGCAGGCCAUCGCAGCCCAAGCAGAGAAAACCAUGGACAUCCCACGACAUCUCACAACUUGUCCGGGCGAUUGACGUGUACAAGGCCAAGUGGAGUACUAUUGAGAAAGCCAUCCGGGAUAAUCACCUUCACUUCAACGUACCCGAGCGAGACCAGCAAGGCCUCCGUGACAAGGCGCGUCUUGUCAAGGUUGAUAUUCUCAAGACUGAUGGACCCCUUCCAGCCGCUUUCGAUCUCGUGGUUCUCGGCCGAAAGGAGAAGGAGAUGGUGAUUGCCGCGGGGAGGAAUCCCGAGCGGCGAGAAGAGGAUCUUGAUGAAGAUGGUCACCCCAACAACCUCUUCUACACGCCAAACCUUCCCCGCCCAGUGCAAGAUGUCAAUCCCGUUCCACCCCCUCAAGCCCAUACCGACAUCAAUGGAAAUGAUGGGACUGACCAUGGAACUGACAUUGGACAUGCGAGCGCAAUGCACGAAGAGGCGCCAGUCAUGUCAGGCGCCCUGCCCGUGAGCUCUGAGACCACCGAUCUUCGUCCGCUGCAGGAGGCUUCGAUGGUUGUUGAGGCGCCCAUGGGUGAAGCUCAUGUGGGAAUUCCCGAGGCUCCUAUGCCUACCGCUGAUAUGAGCAGCUCUGCCGCACCUCUCUCCGAGUCGCUUGGCGAGGAGCAGUCUGUUGUCGACAACGAGGCCCCACCCGUCGACCCUAGUAUUACCGAGGCCGUCCCCAGCUCCGCAGCUGUGCAUGGUUAG